ACAGGUGUGUGUCACAUCGUGUCGGAGUUUUGGUUUUUGUGGGGUUUUAUUUCAGAGUUGACUCGGAAGUUGCCGGAGUGUCCUCUGCGCCUCAGACCUGCGCAGUAGCGGACUGGGUGUAGUCUGGAGUCCCGUCUUUUCCUGCUGGAUUUGUUGCAUGGCGGCGGACACAAAGAGCUGAGGCCCGAGCCCAGACCCCCACACAGCAGCACAGCCGGGAGACGAGCUCUGGACGCGGCCUGGAGCAGAGAAAAGCCGCCGCUGCUCAACUUUCCCGCAGGAUCUGACUUGAUGCGUUUACUGGUUCCCUCUGGAUUCUGACGGUGACCGGAUAAGUUGCCGCAAACUUUGGACGAGUUGAGGGAGAGUUAGAGUCGGAGCCGCGCAGAGAUUUUUCUGGUCGAGGAGGAGGACGCGGAGGACGGAAAAAAUGCGAAGUUUGAUCCGGGCUCUGGUCGCUUGGAGCUGGGUGGCGGUGUGCGCCCGCGCCGCCAUGGACGAGUGUUCGGACGAGCAGGGCAGACCGCAGCGCUGCAUGCCCGAGUUCGUGAACGCCGCUUUUAACGUGACGGUGGUGGCGACCAACACCUGCGGCUCUCCGCCCGAGGAGUACUGCGUGCAGACCGGCGCCACCGGGGUCACCAAGUCCUGCCACAUCUGCGACGCCCGGGACCCCCGGAACCACCACAGCGCCGUGUACCUGACCGACUACAACAACCAGCAGGACACCACCUGGUGGCAGAGCCAGACCAUGCUGGCGGGGAUCCAGUACCCGAACUCCAUCAACCUCACCCUGCACCUCGGUAAGGCCUUCGACAUCACCUACGUCCGGCUAAAGUUCCACACCAGCCGGCCCGAGAGCUUCGCCAUCUACAAGCGGACCAGCGAGGGGGGGCCCUGGGUGCCGUAUCAGUACUACAGCGGCUCCUGUGAGAAGACCUACCAGAAGCCGAGCCGAGGCUUCAUCCGCACCGGAGAGGACGAGCAGCAGGCGCUCUGUACCGACGACUUCAGCGACAUCUCGCCGCUCACCGGCGGGAACGUGGCCUUCUCCACGCUGGAGGGUCGACCCAGCGCCUACAACUUCGACUACAGCCCCGUCCUCCAGGAUUGGGUGACGGCCACCGACAUCAGAGUGACCCUGAACAGGCUCAACACGUUCGGAGACGAGGUUUUCAACGACCCCAAGGUCCUCAAGUCCUACUACUACGCCAUCUCUGACUUCGCUGUGGGAGGAAGGUGUAAGUGUAACGGCCACGCCAGUGAGUGUGUGAAGAACAGCGGAGGACGGCUGGUGUGUAACUGCAAACACAACACGGAGGGCGACGACUGCAACGUCUGCAAACCCUUCUACAACGACCGGCCAUGGAGGAGAGCGACCGCCGACAAUGCCAACGAGUGUCUGCCCUGCGACUGUAACGGGAAAAGCUCUGAGUGUUACUUCGACGCUGAGCUGUACCGGGCCACGGGUCACGGAGGUCACUGCAGAAACUGCGCCGACAACACCGACGGCCCCAACUGUGAGCGCUGCCUCGACAACUACUACAGAGACCAGAGCGGCAGCCGCUGCCUGCCCUGUGGCUGCAACACUGUCGGCUCGGAGUCUCCUCAGUGCGACAGCAGAGGGAUGUGUGCAUGUAAACCAGGAGUGACCGGAGAGAAGUGCGACCGCUGUCAGCCGGGAUACCACAGUCUGACCGAGGCCGGCUGCAGGCCUUGCUCUUGCUCGCCCUCUGGCAGCACUCAGGAGUGUGACGUCAACACGGGACAGUGUCGCUGUAAAGACCAUGUGGAGGGUUUCAGCUGCGACAGGUGUAAACUGGGUUACUUCAACCUGGACCCCAGCAACCCUCAGGGCUGCACCCCCUGCUUCUGUUUCCAGCACUCGUCUGUGUGCGACAGCGCCGACGGCUUCAGCGUCCACACCAUCAGCUCCUCCUUCUACAGAGAUGACGAGCAGUGGAGCGGUCAGCAGAGAGAUGGAUCCAGUGUCCCGGUGCAGUGGUCUCCCAGCGGACAGGAAAUCUCCCUCGUCUCUGACGACUACUUCCCCAUGUACUUCGUAGCCCCAGAGAAGUUCCUGGGGAACCAGAUGCUGAGCUUCGGACAGAACCUCAGUCUGAGUUUCCGGGUGGACCGGCGGGACACACGUCUGUCGGCCGAAGAUCUGGUUCUGGAGGGAGCUAAUCUGAGGGUAGCCGUCCCCCUCAUCGCCCAGGGCAACGCCUACCCCAACGAGAACAUGCAGACCUACGUGUUCAGGCUCCAUGACAGUGCUGAUUACCCCUGGAGGCCUCCCAUCAGCCAAUCUGACUUCCAGAAACUCCUCCACAACCUGACGGCCAUCAAGAUCCGAGGCACCUACAGCGAGAGGAGUGCUGGUUACCUUGACGACGUCUCCUUGGUAACAGCGAGGCGGGGUCCAGGUGUCCCGGCCCGCUGGGUGGAGCAGUGCACCUGUCCUCAGGGUUACCAGGGUCAACACUGCGAGCAGUGCACUCUGGGAUACCGCCGCGCCCGCCCCGAGCUCAGAGCCUUCAGCCCCUGUGAGCCCUGCAACUGCAACGGACACAGCGACGCCUGCAACCCCGACACAGGUGCGUGCGACUGUCAGCACAACACGGCUGGUUUGAGCUGCGAGCGCUGUAAAGACGGUUUCUAUGGCGAUGCCACCCAGGGGACGUCAGGUGACUGUAAGCCAUGUCCCUGCCCGGCCGGAGCCACCUGCGCCGUCGUCCCCAAGACCAGAGAGGUGGUCUGCACCAACUGUCCCGCGGGAACCACAGGUAAACGCUGCGAGCUCUGUGACGACGGGUUCUUCGGGGACCCUCUGGGUCAGAACGGUCCGGUCCGAGCCUGCAGGGCCUGCAAGUGCAGCGACAACAUCGACCCCAACGCUGUCGGCAACUGCAACCGCGAGACGGGAGAGUGUCUGAAGUGCAUCUACAACACCAACGGCUUCUUCUGCGACCGCUGCAAGGAGGGUUUCUACGGCAACGCCCUGGCCGCCAACCCCGCCGACAAGUGCAAACCCUGCGCCUGUUCUCCCUUCGGCACCGUGGACCAACAGACCAGCUGCUCUCAGGUCACCGGUCAGUGUCCGUGUCUCCCCAACGUCGCCGAGCGCGACUGCAGCGCCUGCGAGCCCGGAUUCUUCAACCUGCAGAGCAGGAAGGGCUGCGAACGGUGUAACUGUAAUCCGAUUGGCUCCACCAACGGUCAGUGUGACAUCACCACAGGACAGUGUGAGUGUCAGCCCGGCGUCACCGGCCUGCACUGUGAACGCUGCGAGGUCAACUUCUUCGGCUUCAGCUCGUCCGGCUGCAAACCCUGCGACUGCGACCCUGAGGGCUCUCAGUCGGGUCAGUGUAAGGAGGACGGUCGCUGCGAGUGUCGGCCCGGCUUCGUCGGAGCUCGAUGCGACAUGUGUGAGGAGAAUUACUUCUACAACCGCUCGGUGCCGGGCUGCCAGCAGUGUCCCUCCUGCUACAGCCUGGUCAGAGACAAGGUGAACCAGCAGAGGCAGAAGCUUCAUGACCUGCAGACUCUGAUCGAUAACCUGGGCUCAGGUCAGGACACGGUCAGCGAUAAGGCCUUCGAGGACCGGCUGAAGGAGGCAGAGAGAGCCAUCAUGGAGCUGCUGGAGGAGGCUCAGACCAGCAAAGACGUGGACCGGGGUCUGUUGGACCGCCUGAACAGCAUCAACAACACUCUGACCACUCAGUGGAACCGGCUGCAGAACAUCCGCAACACAGUGGACGACACCGGCGCUCAGGCCGACCGCGCCCGCAACCGAGUCCGAGACGCCGAGAACCUGAUCGACCGAGCCCGGCAGGAGCUGGACAAGGCCAAGGACGCCGUCAGCAAAGUGGACAUCAAACCUCCCGGCGGGACAGGAGAGCCCAACAACAUGACGCUGCUGGCAGAGGAGGCUCGCAGACUGGCCGACAAGCACAAGAUGGACGCCGAUCAGAUCGAGAAGAUCGCCAAAGACGCCAACGACACGUCGACCAAAGCGUACAACCUGCUGCUGAAGACUCUGGAUGGAGAGAGCAGGACGAGCCAGGAGAUCGACGAGCUCAACAAGAAGUACAACGAGGCGAAGGAGCUCGCCAAGAAUCUGGAGAAACAGGCCAACAAGGUUCAGGCCGAGGCUGAAGACGCUGGAAACAAAGCUCUGAAGAUCUUUGCCAACCUGACCAGCCUCCCACCGUUCGACACCAAAGCUCUGGAGGAUGAAGCCAACAAGAUCAAGAAGGAGGCGUCGGACCUGGACAAGCUGAUCGAUAAGACGGAGAAGGAGUACAACGACCUCAGAGACGACCUGAAGACCAAGGAACAGGAAGUCCGCAAACUGCUGGAGAAAGGAAAGAGUGAGCAGCAGACGGCAGAUCAGCUGUUGGCUCGUGCCGACGCUGCCAAAGCUCUGGCUGAGGAGGCGGCAAAGAAGGGUCAGUCCACCUUCAGAGAGGCCGAGGGCAUCCUGAACGACCUCCGAGACUUUGACAAGAGAGUCAACGACAACAAGACCGCCGCUGAGGAGGCCAUGAAGAAGAUCCCUGCCAUCAACGCCACCAUCAUCGGCGCCAACGAGAAGACCAAGCAGGCGGAGGCAGCGCUCGGCAACGCCGCCAGCGACGCCCGAGAAGCCAAGAAGAAGGCAGAGGAGGCGGAGAAGAUCGCCAGCAACGUGCAGAAGGGCUCAGCCAAGACCAAGGAGGACGCAGAGAAGGCAUUCCAGGACACCAACAAGCUGGACAACGAGGUCAACGACAUGAUGGACCAGCUGAGCGCCGCCGAGCAGGAGCUGGCCAAGAAGAAGGCCGAGGCCGACCAGGAUAUGAUGAUGGCGGGAAUGGCGUCCAGCAAUGCCAAGGAGGCCGAGGACAACGCCCGCAAGGCCAAGAGUGCUGUGAAGAUGGUCCUGAGCACCAUCACCACCCUGCUGGAUCAGCUGGGAAACAUCGACAAAGUGGACCUGAGCAAACUGAACCAGAUCGACGAGUCACUGAAGAGGGCCAAGGGCAAGAUGGCCGACAGCGACCUGGACAGGAAGCUGGCGGAGCUGAAUGACGUGGCGCGGACCCAGGAGGAGAUGAUCGGCGACUACGACCGGCAGAUCCGCGAGAUCCACGCCGACAUCACCAACCUCAACGACAUCAAGAACACGUUACCCGACGGCUGCUUCAACACGCCGUCUCUGGAGAGGCCUUAACCCCGCCCUCCCCCUCCUCCUCCUCCAACACUCCCCCCUUCACGUCUAACACUCGGGCAAACACGCCGACUUUUACCAAAACAGUUUUUUAAACUUUUUGUUUUCAGAUUCUUGUCUUUGAUUUUCUUUUACGAGAGAGAGAGAAGCCAAUAUUUCAAUAACCACGUUCACGGUUUUUAAAGAGAAGCAGCUGAUUUUGUUUCGUCUUUAGGUUGUUUUGUUGUUGUUGUUGUUUUCUCGUUGAGACGCAGUAACGUGGUUAUGGUAGAAUGAACUAAGCGGCGCAGAGAAGCCGUGCAGAGAGGUGGAGGAACCUCGGAGAAAAACCCAGAACCACAAUCCCGACGUGACUGCACCCGUCUGCUCCACAGAACGAAGAUUCACCAACACAGGAAGUUCCUCUCGCCUCCGGGAACCUCUGCUCACGUUCCUCUUUCAGCCAUCACUCCACGGCUACACACUGUCAGAACACACGGUGUUUCUCUGUUUUCUAUUUCAACUCCAGCAUGUUUUCAGAAACCACACAGUGAAGGAAUCCUCUCUUUUCUCCCAAAGCUACAAACAGAGGAAAAGUAUUUCACUUCUCUUUUCUUCGACAGUAUUUUCACCUUCAGCAGGUCGUGUUGUUGUUGUUGUUGUUGUUAAAGUCCCUGAAGUCCCAGAACAUCAGUUUUUAAAAUGUGUAGGAAGUGUUUGGAAUCAAGUUUGGAAACAGGUGAACAUUUGUUCCUCCAGGAUUUCCUGUGUGAACACAUCGUUCUUACAGGAUGUGGCUCUUGUAGAAAGAACUUCUACAACAUGAGAACAAGAUGUUAGAUAGAGUAAGAUCUCUAGGUCCAGAGGAGACCUGAAUCCUGGGGGAACAAGUUAGUAACUUGUUCAUGUGUCAUACCCUCUAAUGUGACAGGAGGAGUGGAUAUAAACCUGAUGUUGGAGGACUUCAGGAGACUGUGUGUGGUAAAUCAGCUCUGACGUUUCUCUCUGGUCAAACAUCGUUUCCUGUUCUGACGUUAGAACUUUGAUUUCUCUGUCGUCUCAGAAGUUGCUGCUUUAUCACUGGUGUUUUGUUUUUUACCAAUCACACAUUAACAUUUUCUUCCAGGCUAAAUCCAACACUAUGCAACUUUGUACAUUUUGCGUAGCGAGAAUUUUAUCUGAUACACUGGUGCUAAUAAUUAUUUCAAAUGUUAUAUUUUUGUGUGAAUGUUUUUUAUUAUUAUGACAUAGAGUGAGGAAUUUGUUAUUUGUGUAAAUAUAUGCGUCAAUGAUUCAGGACUGGCUGAUUUUUAAGAACUAAAAACUCCAACAUGCAAACAGCCACAUUAAGUUCUAUCACAAUCAAUCAACUGAAACCUCCAGGUUAAAUCUAUAUAAAUAUCUAUGAUAACGUCUGUGGUAUGUUAUUAUUAUAAUAUGCUUGCUUGUAUACAAGGCUCCGUGUUGCUGCCUCAUAGCGAUGCCAAUACUUCAUGUGUUUUAUUGAUUCUCUGUGGGUUUCCACUCGUUAAUUCAACCUAACUGAAUAUUUUUGUUGGUUUUUUUUGACCCUCUGAUCGAUCAGGACGUGUUGUUAAAGGGCGUCUCCGCCUCUCGAGUCGUUUUGCUGAAUCUCUCCUCGUGACUCUGGAGAUAAGAAGCUCGGUCACAUGUUGCUACAGUAGCUAACUGUUUUCAUUAGUGUUUUUGUGCCUUAAUAUAAAGUUGGGUUGUAAUCACAGUCCCCGCUGAGGGGGGGCUCCACUUUUAUUUUAUUUCACUGAAAAUGUCCCUCGUCGUCCUCGCUCCUUCACGCCGUCUCCUCGUGUUGGUACUGAAGCAGGGUUCUCUAAAAACCAGGUCCUAAACGGAGCCAAAACCUGAUCCCACUCCAGCAGGUAGAAACCAAACAGUACCAGAGUUUGUUUCGUUUCUCCCUCCACCUGCAGCCUGUGCAGCUCACACAGACAUGAUGUAUAAACAGUAUUUUAAGUUAUAAUGUACCAGUUAUUUGUGUUGUAAUCCUGUUGUCUUAGACGCUGAUGUGUGAGCUGCACCGGCUGCAGGACUCCUCUCCAUGUUUUCAGCCCUGUGAGGACCUGAGUGACCCUGUUUGUCCCCAUGUGCCUGUAAAUCCAAACUUAACAUUUGAAUAAUAAAAAGUUACUACAGGA